GCUGCUUAGCACACAGCAAAUUUGCUAUUUUAUGAACAGAACUCAUCAAAAUUUUUUUUCACAGCAGAAAAUUGACACCUCCCGCUGUGUCAGAGGCAAGUUAAAUGAUGUCAAUCUCUGGUCUGCCCGCAGUAUUCUCAGUGUGCACAGUCCUCAGUGCUCCCUGCAGUUUCAAACGCGAGAGAGCCCGUGUGCUUCUGCUUUGAGAGCCUGUCAGAAAUCAUGGCAGAGAUGAUAGCUGCUCCGGAAAACACAGGCUUGGAAGUUCUCCUGUCGACACUCAAGAAUUCCCAAGAUUUGAAAAGUACUCGCAGCAUCUUGCAAAUUCUGGAUGCACUACUGUCAGCAGGUACAGUCAAACGGAUCAGUUACCUGAUUACUAAAGGAGGGAGUGAGGCAUUACUACACACACUGGUGAAUGUAACUAAAGUACUUCCUCUGGAUUAUAAGGUCAUCUUUCCUUUAAUGCAGUUAAUUGUCAAAGUUGGACAAAGAGAUCAGAGGUUUGGACACAAAGCUCAAGAAAUUGGAGCCUUAAAUGAAAUCUUGAACUUGUUGAAGUGCGGCCUACCCCGAGCCAAGUAUGUCACUCCCUGUUUGUGGACUAUCAAGAUCUGUGCUUCCAGUGCUACAGUUGGUGCUGCAAUGGGUAAGAGUGGAAUCAUAAGAUUCAUGCUUAACCUGCUUUCCCCGUACACGACUCGGAAAACAAAGGCUAUAAGAGCUGCCACAGAAGCUCUUUCAGCCUUACUGAAAUCGAAAUGGAAUAGCAGACAAGCUGUGGACAAUGGGUACAUCCACAGGCUCUUGAAACUAUAUGAGGACUGGCAUCAGAGAGACACAAAAAUCAAGUACAUUGCGAUCCAGGCAGCCCUGCUGAAGUGCAUCAAAAACAUUACCAACCUCCAGAAGGGGAAGAAAGCUUUUCUAGAAGCUGAUGGGAUGAAGGUCUUGCUUAACGCCUCAUGGGCUUGUGGCUCUAGCCCAGAUCUACUCCCUGUCAUAAAGAUGGCUACACAAAUUAUGCGCAAGUGCUAUCCAAAACAACAUGUGCCCUUACUCGAACUUCGAAGCUGCUAUUCAUUUGCCUUACCAAAUGCAGCCCACACCCGGGUGCCAGAGGGUCCCAGUGAUACUCUCAGAGAGUUUGUUGCAGCUAGAGAAAAUGACGAACAGGAUGAUGAAGAUGAGAUUGAAGAACCUGGCUGUAGUGAAGACAGUACGGAUAGCGUGAGAGAGCAUGAGGAUGAUCUAGAGACAGAUCUAUCCAGACUGAAGCCAAGCUCUGAACUUGGCAGACCUGUGGAGGAGUUGGAACAGUACCAAAGGUUUUGCCCAGAACUCUUUGAGUAUUUUCGGGAUUCAGACUCAGAUGACCUAAGUCUCAGUCAGGACAAUGCGUCAUGCUCUACGUUCUUCACAGCCCUGCAUCAGAAGGAUUCCAGAGAGCGGGGCCAGGACGGCGCUGGGGAAGUUUUGCCGAGGCAACACAACUCGUUUAGGAGCAGAAGAACCCGUCAGAAAUCUCCAUCUCCAUCUGGCAAUGACGGGGAGAAUGGAUCCAGAGGACUGCCAAGGAAUCACUACACACACCCAGCUAAACCGGGCAGAACGAACCAUUCGAAAGAUAAAAUGAGCCAACUCCGUUUGAAUAUACAGAGGGGUGGUGUAGAUCUUUCUAGAAUAAACACAGAUUUACAGAACACUGAAGCUCAGAGUACUGCUGGUGACGAAUCUGCCGGAUCCUUCGAUCCUAGCUGGGCCAUUGGUGGCAAACAUGAGAAUGAGAACACUGCAAAUAAGCUUUUAAAAAUGUGUAAAGAAAUAACACCCUUCCAUGACCCGUAUAUUUAUACCAUCAAAGCAGAGGAAACCAAAUCAGCAAGUGAUUACAAAACCCUGGCAUUUCCAGAUUACUGGGGUCAUACGCCACCCCGCUAUCAGGAGCCUCUGAUGGGUCAGUGGUGUGGAGGUCAAAGGGCUAAAAUAUUUGAAGAUAUUCGGCGUUUAGUCAACUCUGGGGAUGUUCUGAACAGGGUCGUUUUUGACACUGAGAGUCCUUCAUUGGUUACAGCAGGAGAUGACUCUUCCCUAAACUUCUUCUCAAACUUUGAGUCAGGAAAUCUUCGAAAAGCUAUUCAGAUUCGCAAAUAUGAAUAUGAUCUGAUAAUGAAUGCUGACAUUAACACAAACCUUCAGCAGCAGUGGUUCUACUUUGAGAUCAGCGGCAUGAGAGCUGGAAUCCCAUAUCGCUUCAACGUUAUUAACUUUGAGAAGACAAAUAGCCAGUUCAACUACGGGAUGCAGCCGGUGAUGUAUUCCGUCCGUGAAGCAUUGUGUGGAAGAGCUCACUGGGUUCGCGUAGGUUCUUAUAUCUACUAUUACAAAAAUCAUUAUUACACUCAUGGAUCAGAGGAAAAAGGACAAAAAGAAACAGCGUUUUACACUUUGACCUUCACUGUCACGUUCCUGCACUCAAAGGAUGUCUGCUACCUAGCAUAUCACUAUCCAUACACCUACUCAACGUUAAUGACUCACCUGCACCUUCUUGAGCAGUCACUCAAUCCUGAUCAGGUUUACUUCAGGCAGCAGGUACUGUGCUCCACACUAGGAGGCAACAACUGUCCAGUGAUCACCAUUACUGCAAGGCCGGGGGCCCAGCCUGAGCAGCUGGAAGAAUUUCGGAAUCGCCAGUACAUAGUCCUGACAGCUCGGGUCCAUCCCGGAGAGAGCAAUGCGAGCUGGGUUAUGAAAGGGACCCUGGAAUUUCUCAUAAGCAACAACCCCAUUGCCUGCUGCCUACGAGAUACCUACAUCUUCAAAAUCAUUCCUAUGUUGAACCCAGAUGGUGUUAUCAAUGGCUGCCAUCGUUGUUCUUUGAGUGGCGAGGAUCUGAACAGACAAUGGUCUGAGCCAAGUCCUGACCUGCACCCAACAAUUUAUCACACAAAGGGGCUCCUCAGCUACAUGAAGAGCAUUGGAAGAACCCCACUGGUUUUCUGCGACUACCAUGGGCAUUCAAGGAAGAAAAACGUCUUCAUGUAUGGUUGCAGUCUUAAGGAGACACUGUGGCAGUCAAAGUCCAGCAUUGACACAGCAACUCUGAAAGAAGACAUUGGCUAUCGAGACAUUCCCAGAGUUCUGGACAAGAUUUGCCCCGCAUUUACCAUCAGUCGCUGCUGCUUCUUGGUACAGAAGUCACGGGAAGCCACGGCUCGGGUGGUGGUUUGGAGAGAGAUUGGGAUCCUGCGAAGCUACACCAUGGAGAGCACGUUUUGCGGCUGUGAUCAGGGCAAGUACAAUGGUCUCCAGAUCAGGACCAGCGAGCUAGAAGAAUUGGGAGCCAAAUUCUGCACAGCGCUCUUGAAGCUGAAUAAAGAUACAAUGCUGCGUAGCACACGGCUGAUAUUCCCAGAUACUCCGCUGUUUGACUUGGAUAAUGAGCUCCACAAUGAUAAAAACAUGUCACACAGUGAUGUGGUUAUAGAUGAUGAGCCCCCGUGCCCAGAGGAGAUAGAUUAUUACUCUGACUACUGCAUUGAGGACGACGAUGAUCCCAUCGACCUGACCGCUGAGGUUGACGAGAGCUCUGAGGAUGAACUUUUUUGCUGA